AUGCGCGCGGGCACUCCUUCGACCUGGCGCCGUGAGAUGGCGACCAAGACGGCCGUUCGCGCAGCGGUCACCGUCUCCGUUGCCAGCGCCCUGUCGGUGACUGGAAGGGCGGACGUUCAGCACAUGCAGCAGACGGAGACGAAGUGGGCGGUGCUCACCACCGACCUGCCGCGUGUGGAGCUGCAGUCCAAGGACCCGGCGGCCUCUGGCUGUGGCAGGGAACUCCCCGGCUACUUCGCCAUCGAGGGCCUGGCGUGGGCGGCUUCUUGGCAGAACAGCAAGGUCUGGAACACAACUGAGUGCGCGCAGACGUGCGACGCGAACACGCACUGCGUCGGCUUCACUACUCGCAGGGGGCAUGGCAAGCUACAGUGCUCGCUCUACAAGGGCCUCCAGAAGAAGCCGGACCACUUUGGCAUGUCCUACAUGAAGUGCGUGAAGGGUUUCGACGGAUGCCAGGACGGGUUCCAGUUCUCCCACGCGGGGACCUGGAAAUCCGGCAGGAAGAUCGACAAGCUGGACGACGAGGACCUGAAGUGGUGCCAGAGGGAGUGCCAGAAGAGCAGGGCCUGCGUCGGCUUCACGCACCGCGUGAAUAAGGAGGAGGACCAGUUCUGCGUCCACUUCGAGGACGCCGGCAACGCCCGCGGGGCCAGGCGGGAUUCUCGCGCCUCAACGUUCUCCAAGUGCGUCCUCGAGGGCAGCCUCGCCACCGUCACCGACGACAACGCCACCGCGGAGGACAACGCCACCGCGGAGGACAACGCCACCGCGGAGGACGACGGCGGCGCCGCCCUGGACCUGGCCUUGCCAGACGAGCAGAGCGAGGCCACCGACGACGGCGGCUCCGCCGGGGGCCCCGCUGCGGAGGCCGAGGCCCCCGAGGGCGAGGAGGCGAUGUGA